AUGACCUCCGAAGAACUCGCGCCAGAGGGCGCCAAAGCGGCCGUCCUGGUCCCUUCAGAGGCCAUUCCCGAAGGUGCCAAACAGGUCAAAGGUCUUGAUUUUGAUCAGUAUGCCGAUCGAGACAUCACGGCCGCAGAACUGGUCGAGAAUAUGGCAACCAUGGGUUUCCAGGCUAGUUCCGUGGCCGAAGCAGCCCGGGUUAUCAAUGACAUGAGAGCCUGGCGUGACCCGGAAACAGGCGACAAGACUACGAUCUUCCUCGGCUACACCUCCAACCUGGUCUCCUCCGGCCUUCGCGAAACAAUCCGUUACCUCGUUCAGCACAAGCACGUCUCUGCCAUCGUCACCACGGCCGGCGGCAUCGAGGAAGACUUUAUCAAAUGCCUCGCCCCCACCUAUCUCGGCAGCUUCUCCUCUCCCGGAGCCGGCCUACGCUCCAAAGGCCUCAACCGCAUAGGCAACCUCGUCGUCCCCAACAGCAACUACUGCGCCUUUGAAGACUGGGUAGUUCCCAUCCUCGAUACCCUGCUGGCCGAACAAGAAGCGUCCAAGUCGACGGAUACACCACUCCACUGGACGCCCAGCAAGAUCAUCGCCCGUCUAGGCAAGGAAAUCAACAACCCAUCUUCCAUAUACUACUGGGCCUGGAAGAACUCGAUACCGGUCUUCUGCCCCGCCCUCACCGACGGCAGUCUCGGCGACAUGAUGUACUUCCACACAUUCCGGUCCUUCCCUGACCAGCUUCGCGUUGACAUCGUCGAGGAUGUACGGGCCAUUAACACGCUGAGUGUCCGUGCCAAGAGAGCGGGCAUGAUUAUCCUCGGUGGCGGCGUGGUCAAGCACCACAUCGCCAAUGCAUGUCUCAUGCGCAACGGCGCCGAGAGCGCGGUAUACAUCAACACCGGCCAGGAGUUUGACGGCAGCGAUGCAGGAGCUAGGCCCGACGAGGCUGUUAGUUGGGGCAAAAUAAAAGCUAAUGCAGAUAGUGUGAAGGUGUACGCUGAAGCGACGGUGGUAUUCCCACUGAUUGUCGCCGCUACUUUUGCAAGAAAGGAGCACGACUGA